GCACAAAACGUGAAAAUGCCUUAUUGCUUUCUUGAUAUGAUUUCGGAUGACAAAUAUUCGGCAUAUUAUUUAGGAAGAGUCUGGCCUUACGGUAACCAGACGCCAAGAUUGUGUUCUAGCCAUCCAGUGUCCAGACCCAAGCACACCUCAAAUGGUUAUGACAGCAAAAGUGUAAACAAACCAGAAAUGAGUCAACUACACAAGUCACCAGCAUCAAAUAAAAAGAUGGCUCCAAAGAGGAAGUCAAAUGCUAUAAAAACAGAGGAAAGUAUUACAGAAUCUUUUGAUGAAGAAGACGGUAUUGCUCCCACUAAAAAGAUGAAAACUGAACUGAAACAAGAUGAUUCAAAAGCGCUAAAGAAAACAAUUAAAAAAGCAAAGACUGAAUGUAAAACUGAGGGAAUGAAAUUGAAAAAUUAUGAGAGUGCUGUUGCAUGGAAAGUUGAAGAAGUUAUUAGCGCAAAUUUAAAUGUAGCAGUUUGGGCAGCAAAGAAUGUGGUGAAACUGUUAGACGAGGGUUGUACCAUUCCUUUUAUAGCUAGGUAUAGAAAGGAACAGACAGGAGGGAUGGAAGUGCAGAAACUCAGAGAUUCUUGUUCUAUGCUAGAGGAUCUUAGAUCUGUAGAAACAAAAGUGAAGACAGCGAAGUCUGUUAUAUUGGAGCAGGGUAAAAUGACAAAGGAUUUAGACAAUGCCCUCAGUAAUGCUCAAACACUUACUGAGGUGGAAUGUCUGUUUGCGCCAUUUAAACCUGGGAACAAAGGAACCCUGGCAGAGAGGGCCAAGGCAUUGGGGCUUGAACCUUUGGCAAUGAGAUUUGUGAAAGGAGAAGGUGUAAGAAUGGAAGCAGAGAAGUUCGUAAAUACAGAAGAAAAAGGUUUGAAGAAUGUAGAUGAGAUUCUGAAUGGAGUGAUGCAUAUUAUUGCUGAUAUGAUUCACAAAGACACAGCUGUCAUGGAAAAAAUUAGAGAAGUGUGUACACACAGAGCUAUUAGCAUACAGUCCAGUCAAAUCAAACAAUCAAAGGCCCAGCCAAAACCUGGAGAAAAACCAGAACCUGCACAUAAAUAUGAGAACUACUUCGACCACAAGAUCAGCAUUGAUAGAAUUCAACCACAUCAGAUGCUUGCAAUUAAUCGUGGAGAACAUCACAAAAUCUUGCGUGUGAAAGUAGAAAUCCCGCCUUUUCUGGACAAGUUGUUGACGGAGAUGUGCAGAAGGAAGUGGCUGAAUUACAACAUGAAUGCUGACUCGAGGCAGGUGAUCAACCAGAGUGUAGAGGAUGCUUAUCAGAGAUUGAUCCAGCCACAGAUUGUUAGGCUUGUGAGGUCUAAUCUGACAAAAACAGCAGAGAAAGCCUCUAUAGAAGUAUUUGCCAGCAAUUUGAAGAAUCUACUACUGUCUGCACCACUGAAAGGCUCCACAAUACUGGCUAUAGAUCCUGGUUUCUCUAACGGCUGUAAAACUGCUGUCAUCUCUAAAACAGGUCAAAUACUGGAUACAGAAAUUGUUUACCUACACAGUAUGAAACAAAAGAAACAGGCUGAAAUAAACAAGCUCCAGAAUCUGAUCAUUAAACACAGAUGUGAAGUUAUUGGUGUAGGAAAUGGUGUGGCCUGCAGAGAAACAGAGACUGCUGUGUCCGAACUUAUACAGAAAACAUUUCCCAAACUAAAAUACUGUAUAGUAAGCGAGAGUGGAGCCUCAAUCUACAGUGUGUCUGAUGCUGCUCAGAAAGAAAUGCCUCAGUUAGACCCAUCUCUACGUGGUGCUGUUUCCAUUGGAAGGAGAUUGCUAGAUCCAUUGUCAGAAUUUGUGAAAGUAGAUCCAAAACAUCUUGGUAUAGGACAGUAUCAGCAUGAUAUGCCUCAAAAUCAGUUGAAGACCUCUCUAGAUUCCACAAUAGAAGAGUGUGUGAGUUUUGUGGGUGUAGAUGUAAACACAUGCAGUGAAUGCCUCCUAAGUCAUGUAUCAGGUUUGUCAGCCGCCAGGGCAAAGAAAGUUCUGGAGUUCCGAGACCAGUUUGGGCCAUUUAUAUGUAGAGAGCAGUUGAAGGCAGUGAAAGGACUGGGAGCAAAAACAUAUGAACAAGCAGCUGGAUUUAUACGAGUCCAUUCAACCAGUGCUGAACUAGGGAAAUGUGCAAGUGUAGACAAUAAGGCGAAAAAAGAGGCUACAAAAGGGAAGAAAUCAAAGAAGAAAGUUGCUACAGAAUAUUUAUGUGAACCUCUAGAUAUGACAUGGAUCCAUCCCGAAUCUUACCAUAUCACUUACAGCUUACUGGAGAAAGUGGGUGUGUCUCGGAAUGAGCUAGGUCAACCAGGAUUUAUUCAGAAAGUUAGACAGUUCUUAUCUUGCAAUAGUAUUACACAGAUUUGUAGUGAACUUGAUACAGGGGAACCAACUGUAAAGUUGAUUACAGAUGCCCUAGUUAGACCUCUAUCAUAUGAUCUCAGAGAUGAGUUUGAGAAGCCACUUUUCAGAAGUGGAGUGAAAUCUAUAAAUGAUCUCAAAGCAGGUGACAAGGUUACUGGUAAGGUGAGCAAUGUGACACAUUUUGGUGCUUUUGUGGACAUUGGUGUGGGACAGAAUGGUUUGGUGCACAAUACAAAAAUGUCACUACCAGGCAUGAGACAGAGGUACCAGCUGAAACUAGGCGAGAAAAUUGAAGGCAAAAUUAUUGAUGUGGAUAUUAAGAGAGGGAGGAUUGGACUUGAGUUGUUAAAAGUGCUUUAAUCUCCAAAUCUACAAAAAUAUACAUGUGAUUUUACAUACGUAGUACUCGUAAAUUGUGCAGCAAUUGGUGUGAAGUACUGGUACUUAUAAGUGUACCACAUUUGUUGCUGUGAAGCAGUGGAAGGUGACAUACGAUUGGGAAUACAGAAUAUAAAAACCAUUUGAGGCAAACUGAGAAUUCCAGGCAGUAGAUGUUUCAGAUAUUUAUCAAGUUGAUUACAAUUGUGGUGAAAAUGUAAAAACAUUCUAAGAAAACAGGCUGAUAAGAGUCAUUUGGCUCUACAUGGCAGAAUCUAAGCUUUUAUGAAUUUGGAUGUGCUUACAGAAGAAUUGUUAUGUAACCUAAAUGCAGAUUUUCUGUUAGGUAGAAGAAGAAUCCAGUACCUCAUGUAGAAAACUUUCCUGUAAUCUGGACAUUUGUAGUCUCAUUUGGUUACUUUAAGUUUAAUGCUCCAAAAGUGAUAAUUUGAAAUUUAAAAGGCACAGUCAAGAUGUUUCUUAAAUAUCGGAUAUUAUUUUAUAACAAAAUACACUUUAAAUUACCACUGAUUUAGCAGAAUAUAUUAACAUACAACAAAGUUUUAUCUUGUUUUUCAGUAAGUCUAGUACACUGUUGUGUUACAUACAUUCAGAAUAUCCAUGAGCAUUGUGUAAUAAAUUUUAUAAAUUAGGACCGACAGGCUAGGAAACAUGUACCGUUAUUCCCUUGAAAAUAGUAUGCAUUGUAACAUUUGAAAAAGAUUGGGGGACUUUACUGAUGAUGUCUGAAAGAAAGAAGUGCACAGCACCACUUCUCUUAAUGACACUUCUUUUCUUACCCAUCAGAUGGAAUUCUUAGUACAUCAGCCUCUCCAGAACAACAAAAACAUUUUAGUUUCCCAAAUGGUGUUCACUCGUAUACAGGUUGCACUGUAUGUUUCUGAACUUGAUUUGACUUUAAAGGUUAAUUCAUUUAUCAUAAAAAAAUAAUAUGUCUAGAUUUGUUCUAGCAAUACAUUUUGUAGGAGAUUUUGUUUGAGAUUGGUCAGCCUAUACAAAUGAUUUGAAUGAUUUGGAGCUAAUGUUAUCUAAGGGAAGGGUUAUUUUAUUUAGAAAUCAUUUUAGUUUGUAAACCCAAUUGAGUUUAAUGACUUAAUUUUGUGUCCUAGAGCCAUAAUUAAAAAAAAAAAAAAAAAAAAAGCAUACUAAUAUGACUACUCCCUAGACAAGGAUUUUUACCCUUCAUAGGCUAUGAUUACAACUACUUUUUUUGGCCAGGAAAAAAAAUACUUUCAUCUAUUUUCCCAUUCAAACUUUGCCUUCAGUUAGCUAAAUCCAUAAACUUUUAAAAUUGCAUCUACACAUUUUCAUAUCUUUAUCUGUUUUUUGACAAUCCAACAUUGUAUCGAACAGUACGGAUUACAAAUCCUCACGCUUGACAUCAUGUAACCACAUUAAACACGAUCCACUGGUGUGGUGGACCCCUUUGGUGUUAAACCUGUGUUUGAAAUGGGCCUUAAAGUGGGUGUACAAAAGUGUGUGUUGGAAAAUGCAUUUGUGUCAUGUAAGGUAUUAUUUAUUUUUGUGGGUUAUUUCAGGGUUGGCCAAGCAGUUUUUGCUGCUUUUAUUGUAGUAAAAUUUAGAGAAGACAAUUAAUUUCUUUAAAGUUUGAGUACUUAGAAUUUCUUUAAAGAAUUUCAUCAAAGGUUCAGCAUGAGGGAAUUUUAAUAUUCUGUCACCUGUGGGCAAGUAUGAAAAACUAUAUGGACUGUCAAGAAUGUAUCUCUAUUAUUUUGACUGGAAAGGUUACCAACAGUAAGCAACAUACGUUCUGAAGCAGUGUUUUAGUUUUUAAAUUGACUCUAGUUGUUGAAGAUUUUAUUAUGCAUAUAACAUUUCCUUUUUCAUUUUUUGUUCUUAAAAAUUUUUGUAUUGGCUCUAUUUUUUUACAGAAAAAAAAUCAGCUGUUUUCAGCAAUAAUCUAACAUUUAAAUAAUUCAAAUACAAAUCAGUUUCUCACCAUGAUUAUACUUCUAAGUUGAAUAGUGUUAUAUGAAUCAAAUAAUGUUAUACAAUGUCUUAAUGUUCAAUGUUGUAAUCAGUUGGUUUAAAAAGGCAGAAUCAGUUUGAAAAAUGUUUCAUUCCAAUCAGAUUUAUCUUGUUUCAUUGAUCGAGUAUAAUUUAUGUUAUUGUUCAUUUUAGACUGAAUAAAAGGGUUCAAACAUC